UUCCAGGCUCUCCAUCAGCUAUAUUACGACCCAAACAUCGAGAACAAGAACUUGGCUCAGAAAUGGCUGAUGCAGGCGCAGGUGUCCCCACAGGCAUGGCACUUCAGCUGGCUGCUUCUCCACAUGGACAAGGUGCCAGAGAUCCAGUACUUUGGCGCCAGUGCUCUCCACAUUAAAAUCUCCCGUUACUGGAAUGACAUCCCAGCCGACCAGUAUGAGACCCUCAAGUCGCAGCUCUUCACCCACAUCACCCGCUUCGCCAGCGGCUCCAAGAUCGUGCUGACCCGGCUCUGUGUGGCACUGGCCUCCCUAGCGCUCAGCAUGAUGCCGGAGGCUUGGCCCUGCGCUGUGGCAGACAUGGUGCGCAUGUUCCAGCAGCAGGACUCCCCUGGUUUCAUCAAGCAGAAGGUGUUGAAGUGCUUCUCCAGCUGGGUGCAGCUGGAGAUCCCAUUGAUGGACUGUGAGAACCUGAUUCAGGCAGCUUUCACCUCCCUGCAGGACCCGGAGCUCUUCGACACAGCAGUGGAGGCUGUUGUCAAUGCCAUUUCCCAACCUGAUGCCCAGAGGUAUGUGAACACCCUUCUCAAGCUCAUCCCGCCUGUGCUGGGGCUCCAAGAGCAGCUGCGCCAGGCAGUCCAGAGCGGGGACAUGGAGACGUCGCAUGGGAUCUGCCGCAUCGCUGUGGCCUUGGGGGAGAACCACUCCCGGGCACUGCUGGACCAGGUGGAGCACUGGCAGAGCUUCCUGGCCCUGGUCAACAUGAUCAUGUUCUGCACUGGCAUCCCCGGGCACUACCCUGUCAAUGAAACCACCAGCUCCUUGACGCUCACCUUCUGGUACACGCUGCAGGAUGACAUCCUCUCCUUCGAGCCAGACAAGCAGGCGGUGUACCAGCAGGUCUACAGGCCUGUCUACUUCCAACUGGUGGAUGUGCUGCUGCACAAAGCCCAGUUCCCCUCCGAUGAGGAGUAUGGCUUCUGGUCUUCGGAUGAGAAGGAGCAGUUUCGGAUAUACAGGGUGGACAUCUCUGACACACUGAUGUAUGUGUAUGAGAUGCUGGGCGCUGAGCUCCUGAGCAGCCUUUAUGACAAACUGGGACGUCUCCUGACCAACACGGAGCAGCCAUCCACAUGGCAGCACACGGAGGCUUUGCUCUACGGCUUCCAGUCCAUCGCUGAGACCAUCGACGUGAACUACUCCGAUGUGGUGCCAGGGCUGAUUGGCCUCAUUCCCCGGAUCAGCAUCAGCAACGUGCAGCUUGCCGACACUGUCAUGUUCACUAUUGGGGCGCUGUCAGAGUGGCUGGCUGAUCACCCUGUCAUGAUUAACAACGUCCUGCCACUGGUGCUCCAAGCUUUGGGCAACCCUGAGCUCUCCAUCUCCAGCGUCUCCACCCUGAAGAAGAUCUGCCGGGAGUGCAAGUACGACCUGCCGCCCUAUGCUGCCAACAUUGUUGCCGUGUCACAGGAGGUGUUGAUGAAGCAGAUUCACAAGACGAGUCAGUGCAUGUGGCUGAUGCAGGCUCUCGGUUUCCUGCUCUCUGCACUGCAAGUGGAAGAGAUCCUGAAGAACCUGCACUCCCUGAUCACCCCCUACAUCCAGCAGCUGGAAAAGCUAGCUGAUGAAACGCCCAAUCCCUCCAACAAGCUGGCCAUCAUCCACAUCCUGGGUCUGCUCUCCAACCUCUUCACCACCCUAGACAUCAGCCACCACGAUGAUGACCACGAAAGCACCGAAGUCAAGAAACUGCCAGUGCAGCAAGGACCCAACCCAGUGGUGGUAGUUCUGCAGCAAGUCUUCCAGCUCAUACAGAAGGUUCUCAGCAAGUGGCUGAAUGAUGCCCAGGUGGUGGAGUCUGUCUGUGCCAUCUUUGAGAAGUCCGUGAAGACCCUCCUGGAUGAUUUUGCCCCUAUGGUGCCUCAGCUGUGCGAGAUGCUGGGGCAGAUGUACAGCACCAUCCCCCAGGCCUCUGCCAUCGACCUCACCCGGCAGCUGGUUCACAUCUUUGCCCAUGAGCCUGCCCACUUCCCUCCCAUCAAGGCCCUCUUCUUGCUCGUUACCUCAGUCACGCUGACCCUCUUCCAGCAAGGGCCCAGGGAUCAUCCUGAUAUUGUUGAUUCAUUUAUGCAACUCCUGGCACAGGCUCUGAAAAGGAAGCCGGACCUCUUCCUGUGUAGCAACCUGGAUGUCAAAGCAGUGUUUCAGUGUGGUGUCCUUUCACUCAAGUUCCCUGAGGCCCCAACAGUCAAAGCAUCCUGUGGCUUUUUUACGGAGCUGCUGCCCCGCUGUGGAGAGAUCGCCCCGGUGGGACAGGUUGUACACGAGAAUGGCAAAGUGCUGCUGCAGGCAGUGCUGGAGGGUGUCGGUGGCCAGGCUUCCCGCAGCCUCAUGGAUCACUUCGCAGAAAUCCUCUUUGCCUUGAACAAGCACUGCUUCAGCUACCUGAGUGUCUGGAUCAAGGAGGCCAUGCAGGAGGACGGCUUCCCCUCAGCCCGUGUCAGUCCCGAGCAGAAGGAGACCUUCAGUCAGCAGAUCCUCAGAGAGCGUGUGAACAAGCGGCGAGUGAAGGAGAUGGUGAAGGAGUUCACUCUGCUGUGCCGAGGGCUGCAUGGUACAGAGUACACAGCAGACUACUGAGCACCUGGCCAGGACCGUGGACAAUUUGCCUGGACCAGUUCUUCCCUGCAAGGAAGCCCCCUCAUCCUCCCCACCCUGCUGCAGUACGGCUCAUAGAAUAACCCUCCACCUAGAAUUAACCCACUCAGGACGCUCCUCAGCUAGAUUUGGUGGCCGCAUCUCGGUGUCAGCAUCUUUGUUUCCCCCAGCAUGCUCCCCCCUCGCAGGGGACAGGAGUGCCGGCUGCAGGAGGUGGCAGCAGGGAGGAGGAAGCCUGGGCAGGACUGCCCCGCACCCGGGCUACCAGCCCUUCCCUGGUACUUCCCUGUGGGUGCCUGUGCCCGCGGCAGGGAGGCUGCCUCUGUGCCCGUGGCAGUGGCUGGCUGGGCAGGUGGGGGUUGCCCCCUGCUCAUUUGUACGUGUGUGGUUGGGAGGGGGGAGGCCCUGCACCUAAUUAUAUUAAGAAUAUUUCUAUGUUGUGGUUGUCGUUA